AUGUCUUCCAGUGAAGAAUUACUUGAAUUAGUGAAAAAGCUAAAACGUGAACGAUCAUUUGUCUCUGCUGAACAAAAGCAUAUUCGAGAACAGUAUAUUCAACUUCUUAAACUUGCUGAAAACGUUCAACAUCGUCAAUGGAUAACAUGUCAUCAACGUUACAUUCUUUCCUCGUUGAUUUAUCCAAAUCGUAACGAUCAAAACAUUCAACCAAAAUCAUGCUUUCAACAUAUACAAAAUCUUGACAAUAUCACAUUUAUCGAUUCACAUAAAUAUUUCAACUAUUUACAAGAUUUACCGUAUCUACGCUUGUUAACAUAUCUAAGGCAACAGCCGAACCUGCUCGCAUUAUUAUUAGCACACGUAGAGAAGUGUGAAGGAAUAUUCAUAAAUACCAUUAUACCAAUAUUCAUCUCGGCUAUUUAUAAUCAAUGUUUGUACUAUGAUGACGAAUUGUACAUUCUUGAAUUACUUCGGUCAUUGAUUGAUAUACAACUGAGAAAUGAAUCAAAUCCAAGAAUUAUUCUACAACGAUCAUCAUGCUCAUUUAAAAUCGUCUUCGAUGCAUUUUUAACAGCAUCACAAUCUUGUAAACUUUUUUUAACAGCUGCUUUACAUGAGCCAAUUAUGCAAUUACUCAUUGAUGAUGAAUUUUUCUAUGAUAUCAAUCCUGAUAUAUCACUGAAUCGAUUUUCCAAACAAGAACGUUUAAAAAAAUUUGGUCAACCAGGUACGCGAGAUUAUCUUGAUAAAAUUCAAAAAUAUCGUUAUGUUAUCAUGAUGAAACUAUACACAUUUACUUGUACAUUUGUUGAAAGUUUACGUAAUGCCUUGCAUUUCUUUCCAACAGCACUAUCAUUUUUAAUCUCACAAAUGUUCAUCAUUUUAUCGAAAUCAAGUGAAUUAUCCUUACGAGAAAUACGGUGUCUAUGUUGUGAUAUAAUCAUGACGUUAUUUAUCGGACCAGCAAUAUGUGAACCGGAAAAACAUGGAAUCAUCGCUGAUAUACCAAUCAGUACCAUUGCGCGACAUAAUUUGAAUCAAAUUGCUAUUAUACUUCAAACGUUGGCAAUGUCAAAUGAUACAGAUCCGAAAACAAAAGACCUGUACAGUAAAUUCAAAGAGUCAGAGUCAUCUGUUUCUAACUGCGUGUCAAGUAUUUUGGACAGUUUAAUCGAUUCCAGUCGAAGUGUUAUGUUUCCAUUGCGUUCGACGACCAUGUCAACUAAUAACAUUAAUCGAAGUACGAUUUUAAUUACACAAAAACAACUCCGACAAUUGAUCACAUUCUGUCGUCGCGCUUCGACAGAAAUCAACGAUAACGAAUUAAAACAACAACUAGAAGGAUAUUUGAAAGCACUAAUGCCUUUAGAAGAGUGUGUCAAACCGGCGUACUUAUCACCGGUACCUAGCACUCCAGCUGUAAAUGAACAAUCUACAGAACAUAAUCAUCGGCAUCAUCGACGUGCCAAUGGAACACGAGAUUCGCAUACUCCCAAAGCCGAACGUGUGGAAAGCGUUCCUAGCUGUGAGGAGGUGAUUGUUUUCACUUUGGAAUCCUGCGAUAACGAAUGUCCUGGCAUGCUGCCCGAGGAAAAGGUUUUACAAGAAAACGAAAGAACGAAAUUGCUGAAAACAUCGAGUGCUACUGAAUUUGAUCCGUCAGCCACCGAAAAACGACUUCGUUUUCGUCUGAAUGAUAACUGUAGUGUUGGAAAUAUAAGUGAUAAUCUCGAAGGUUUGGAAGGCAUUAGUGAAGGUGCAGCGUCAACAGGAAACCUCAGCGUCACAUCAUCAUGUGAUGAUUUGGAUAAAGCAACAAAUGAAAUCGAAGGUGACCAACUAUUCGACAAUGGAUCUGUCAGUGGAAGAGCUACACCAAAUCUGUCCGGUCGGGAUACUCCGUCAUCUCAUAUCAGUCUCGACAGUAGCGAUCGACGGACAACAAGUACGAAUAACACGCAUUCGCAUACGCAUGAUAGUACUAUCAAUAGUCAAUCUGCAACAACGAAUAAUGUUCAUAAUCCCCUGAUUGCAUCAGCACAACGCGGACCUAUUUUACCCAUUGUAGUACAGAAACCAUUUCGCGAAGAUGUUUCCGAUAAAUUCAACUUAUUCGAUUUACCACAACAACAACGUCUCAAUACUGAAGCCGGCGAUGAGACACGUUCAACAAUAUCUGACAAUUGGUCAACCAUGAAUGCUGGAGUAUCAGAAAUCGAUGGACAAGAGCAAGCCGCAGCUAGAUUAAUUGAAAUCACCGAGGAACUACCCAUUGUUGAACAUCGUCGAAGUAAUGAUCUCCUCCUGCCUGAAGGUCAUGGACUAACCUUGAGCCAAAAUAACAAGCCGAUGGAUCAACAAUCAGAUUGUUGGAGUACGGAGGCAUUUGGAAGUGAUAGUGAAACACAUAGUGAAGAUGGUUCAAAUCUUCUACGUCUUGCUGGUAAUUACAGUGCAGCGUCAACACUGAAUAUCAACGAUCCUUUAGUACCAGCUAUCUCUAUGAAUGCAAAUUCAGCUACGCCAAUGGAAGAAUUAACUCGGCAACAAAACCGAUUGACUAUAUCUACAGAAUCAAAAUUAGCUGAUUCGGUCGACAUACUUAUGAUGAAAUCAUCACUGGAAAGUCUACCAUCUGUAUCAGACAGUGGUGUUUUGCUUGAUAGUGGAAGAUCUUCUCAACAAACUGCACCGUCUUUAAAAUCACCCACAGAAUCACAUUCAGUUCGGUUUCCCCUAAUAGAUCUAUCAAGUGAGACGCAGACUACCAAUAAUAACACGCUUGCCGCGCCUUAUGAACAAGUGGCAUCAUUGCCUACAGCACAGAAUGUCGGUUUACCGAACGUAGCAACAGCAAAUUCCACUACCAAAUCAUCGACGACAAGUAAAUCUAGUGAGAAGCGUUCAUCUAGUGCAAUAUCUGCCCUGCGUCGCCGACUCGCCGGAAGUAACAGUAGUUCGCACCGUCGCGAUCGUAAUAUUCCAGAAGACUACAACUCACAUCCAGAAGUAAACUCAACUGAAACAGUCUCGGCUGAUGAUAUUCUCGCCCGAUAUUCAAAUAAAGGAUCAACUAGUGUCGAUAAUGGAUCAAAAGUUACUCCUGCGGUGGAUGAACAUCACACAGAAACUAAUCUAGCCGAUACGUUCACUGAUACAAUUCCUUAUUAUGAUCCAACAAAUUUAGAAACCUGUCGAGCGUUCAUUGAUGCUAAAAAGAAACUACGAAUCGUUCUUGCAUCAGCUGAUACUGAUUCGAUUAAUUGUCUUAACUCACCCGUAAAUCUUGCACAAUACUUACCACAAACUCAACAACAAAACAAUGCCACAUUAUCAUCAGCGAAUCGUAAAUCAUCGAAUAAUUUGUUUCUUUUUCUCCGUUCUCAACUCUACGAGGCUAUCGCAUUGCAAGAUCGUGAUUUGCAAGCACAGUUGUAUGAAACUUUGCGUUCCGUUCAACAAUUUAAUGAAAAUGAAUGUAAAGAAAUAAUUCGUUCAAUGAUCGAUGAUUAUCGCUCCAGAUCAGUCUAUAUCGCUUAUUUGGUAAAAAAUAAUGAAAAUCUGUUGAAUAUCACCUACCAUCAAGAAAGAUUGCUCGUUCGAAUACAACGAGAUCAAGAUUUAUGCAAACAAAAUCUAAUCAACUAUCUGGUUAAGAUAUUUCUUGACAGCAAAGAACAUCUAUUACAAAAACUAAUCGAUAAAUUCUCACAUUUAUCUAUUGCUGAAGAAAAAAUGCAUCUGAUUGAAUUGUUUCUCGAAGAUUGUUGUCGAGAAAUUACUUCUGAUAUCAACUGGAAAACUGCAUCUCCUGAACAACUAACCAUGUCACAAACAUCGAUUGAACGCAUGGUUAUGGCGAAAAUCUACACAGCAGCAUUGUAUCCCAAUGGACAAAUUGAUGUUCAGCGCGAUCAAAUUUUCAGUGGUCACAUUCGAACUCUCGCUGAACAACUCGAUCCGAAUCAUCAAAAACUACGCAUACAAAAAGUAUGUCAAAGAGAAUGCCCAUGGCCAUCAGCUCAAGCUGAACUCCGUUUAAUCAAUGCCUAUAAAACCCCGCGAGAUAAAGUCGCAUGUGUACAACGAUGUAUACGUAUUAUACAAAAUCUAAUUCGUCUAGCGUCGAAUUCAGCUGCUGGUGCUGAUGAUACCAUUCCAAUUCUAAUCUAUGUUAUUGUCAAAGCUAAUCCACCUAAUCUUCUAUCAAUAAUGCAAUAUGUACAAGAUUUGUAUUCAUCACGUUUUACCGAUGAAGAAAGUUAUUACUGGACAAUGUUUGUAUCAGGUGUUAAAUUUAUCCAUGAGAUGAUUUGA